ACCAUCCACUGUUUCACAAUGUUUGUCUCCUGGUCUUUUUUUUGUUUAUCUGCUUUUUCUGUGUCUCUCUAAAGUUGAGUAAAGAAGGUUAGAGAAGGAGGACUGCAGACAGAGACAAAAAGGAGAGCAGAGACAAGCUCUACUUUAGAAAAAGGAGACAAGUACAAUCCAGGUACCUGAGGAGUCCUAUACAGAUCCUUGGAGGCGUUACUGUGAACGCUCUGAUGGCUGGAGUAUGGCGUUGCAUGCUGGCAGUGCUGGUGUUAAUGUGUGUGUGUCUGUGGGGCUUGACUGAAGCUGUAGGGGGGGCUGUGAGUCGACCAAGACCCCAAAGACGACCUCGUAAGAAGCCAAAGGUUGAACCUAUUGACCUGACUCCACCUGCACAAAACAUAGACAUACAGAGGGUAAGAUACAGCAGAAGGACUCUAUGCACCACAGAAGGGCUGUUUGGCUUUAUGUAUUUUCUAAGCAGUGUCUGUACCAGUUUGUUUGGAGUGUAUUUUACUAAAGAGAUAAGGAACAAGAACUGCACUGAAUUUGUCGCAAACUCGCUCUUUUUUACAAGUCACACUCAAAGAGAAAAUCUAGGGUCUCAUUUUGGUUUGUUGACUGUUUCUGGGCAGCUUCAGCCUGAGAUCACCAGAGUAAAUAGUUCAAUGUGCCGUUACCUGACCUUUGCACCCUGCGAGUUUGAUGCUGCUUUUUCUCUUAAUGCUUUGAUUGUUCAGAUGAAGCAGUGAGUGGACACAUUACAAACCAGAUCUGGACUGUAUGUGUCAAUAAAAUGUAAAGCUUUUCCUUCUGGGAGUGGAAAUUACUCACAAGAAUCCCUCAAAAGCUUGUUUUCUACUCCCAAAUAUAAUCAAUUACAGCUUGGGAAGUUUUUGAUGUAUUUUCCUGUUUGCCUGCUCUGUAGAUGUUGGGGAGAUGGUACCUGCUCAACACUGCCUCCAAAUGCUCAUACCUGAUCAAUCAUGGCACUAAGGUGGAGCCCACAGUCAUGACCCUCACUCGUUCCUCCGCUUCUGACCAAACACUGUCUGUCAGCACUAAAACACGCCAGUAAGUACUGAGCAUGUUGUCCUGAUAAUUUCAACUCUGCAGUAUCUCUUUUGAACAGCAGAGGGGGCAGCUGUGCUAUGAUUUCCCCUUUCAGAGCUCUUGCUUCAUUUUUCAACCACAUGUGUUUGGUUUUAUUGGUGUAUCCUCAAAAACAGGAAAGAGGAGGCAGGACGGUUAAAUCCAAGCAGCCUAUUCCCGUAAAUUGCAGGUCAUCUCGACCUUUUCAGAUUUAGCAGAAUAACAAAAAGAGCAUUGCACAAUAAACAGAGAAAUACCCAUGAGGCGUUUCUUCAGGACAUUCCAAGAUAUAUUUGUUGUGAUUUUAAGGUUAUAAACACAGUUUGGCUCCAGCCAAGGAAACAGUCUUAUUGGUUCUUUCAUCUUUGGCAAAGUUAGAAAGCUACCUCAAUCUUCAGCUUCAGGCUGAGACAUCUGUUGGGGUUGCGUAACACUGCAAUCAUAAUAAUAAUCAUAAUCAGUAGGAGUUUUUAGUUCUUGAGGAAAACUAUGGACACAUACAAAAGACACAACCAAUCUGCAGGAAACAAAUUAGUCAGACUGCGAUGAAUAAAAAGUUAAUGUUGAAAGCAUCCUAGAAAAUGAUGUGUAACUAAAGUGCUUGUUUUUACAAACUGCUUUUCAAAUUCAACUUCCUCUCUGCUCCUAUCAGUAACCAUCUGUGUUGGGAGAUUUUACAAGUCUACGAUCUCUCUCCAACUCCUGGCAAGCUAACUCUUAAAGGUCAGUGCGUCUCAGUUGUUAUAUUCAAGCACUAUGACCAGAGUUUUUCUUUCCAGCCAACAUCUUAGUCGUGUUUCCUCCAGGUGCUCGUCCAGAGCUCAACACUGAGAUUGUAAUCGGGGAGACGGACUAUGACAACUAUGCUGUCAUGGUCUUCCAGAAACAAGGAAAGAUCACCAUGAAACUCUACGGUGGGUUCCUCAGUCAUGUGACCAUAAUUUGUAUUUGACAUCUUAAAGCAAAGUGAUAAUUAUUUACUCUGUAUGUUAAUACUUUGCAUUUGCAUUUUGUAAUGUGUGUUUCUUGCUCUGGGUGCAGGACGGUCUGUAGACGAUCUGUCAGAGCCGAUGUUGACCAAGUUUGAGCAACUUGCUGAAAAACAGAAUUUGGGAUUGGCUUACCUCUUUCCCUUUCCCACUUACAGUAAGUCCAUCAUUAAUACUUCAAAUAUGAAACAAAAUAAUCUACAGUGACAACAGGUAGUUAUUUCAGUAGUCUUUGUAGGAGAAAACUGAAAUGUGUUGAGCUACUUUUCAAGUAGCUCAACACAUUUAGACUGAUUCAUAUGUCUAAGGUGUUUGCAAAGACUUUAAAUGCAGUCAUAAAGUACUCCCUUUCCUUUAAAUAACAGUGUGUUUUUUCCACUCUGUAGGUCACUGUGGUGAUGUGGACCAGGACCAUGUGAUCAGUAAGUUAAAGAAAACAAAAACAUUAUUCUGUAAACGGAAAGAUAACUGCCAGACUGAUACUAAAAGGGGAGCAUAAACACAGCAUUCACACAGCGCCCACUGGGUUGUUCAAACAGUUUUAUCUGGUAGGAAUGACCCUGAUUUCAGAACCUAUUUUUUCCUGGGUAAGAUUAUCUAAUUCACAUUUGUCCUAGUUUCCUAAAAAACAGGAUAACUGUAGACUUUAGUCAAAUAAAUACUUUUAUGGAUUACCAAAUCUGGAUUACCGGUGCUUUAAAUGAGUUUAUAUACUCCAUAUUUGAAAAGGAGAUUUUGAAACUCAGUGCAUUUAAAGGGCAGAUAUUUGCUGUGCAGAAGGGUCUUUAAUUAUACAACACUGCACUGUUACUUUUAUGCUCAUAUUUCAACACUGUGAUAUCGUAUAUAAGGUCCUGUUUCUGCCAUUUUUAUGUUACCUUCAUUUUCAUUUUCAGUUUUCUAUUUUAGGCUUUCCUUUCAUGUGUUUCCAUCAUAGUGCUUUAAUGUUGUUGUUUUCUCUUGGUCUUAGAAAUAAUACACAGUCUAGACUUCAUCUAACCAGAUCACUUUAAUCUGAUUACAAUUGAACAACAAGGGAAUUGCUGAAUUCUUUGGUCUUAAAUGGAGCUUGCAGGCCUCAUAGUAUCAGUGAGCAUCUUCUCGGGUCUUAUUCAUUGUAUUCUGCUGUUCAUUCAGAUCCGAGCUCAUGCGCUGAUGAAAGGCUGCAGAACUAUUUUACACCUAUCUUUUCUGCUGUGAAACAGUUAAAAGCUUCACUCGUGCAUUUCUAUGAGCAGAGGUCACACCGAUGACUGUUUAUCGACAUCGCUUUUAUGUACAAACUUAUGUACUCAUUCAAAAAAAACUAGUUUGGGAUAUUUCUUUUAUGGCCUUGCUUGAACUUACACAGCAAACAUAGACCUCAUGUAGACACGAAAGCAUUGACAAAAAAGAGAGAAAAAAAGUGAAGGAGCUGGUGGCAGAGAAAGAGCCAAAGAGUGCUGCUUUCGAAGGAAAAAAAUUGACCUGCUGCGACCUUCUCUUACAUUUUCACGUUUUCUCCUGCAGGCUGUGCAUGUGUGGGUUUCAACUUGUGUAACAAUCAUUAUUUAAACUUGAUUGAAAACAUGUUAUUCAAUCUCCAUAGCAUGGUGAAAACAGCAGCCUCGCCUCUUUGCAAUUAAAUCAUUACUUUUUUAUUUUCACAGACUGUGUCCCCACAUGCUGAGCUCUGCCGUGCUGCAGGCGGAUCCAGGCCUGCAGUGGCAGAAAACUCUCAAGACAGAUAUUUGACUGAUGUUGAAUUUAAAAAGGGGAUUUCAGCAAGAAAGAUGAAGCAAGACUGCAUUAAGAUUUAAAAAAUGUCUCACAGAACAAAAUGUAGCACAAGUAAUGAUCAAAUGUUUUCUAUUUAAGAAAAAAAAGGUCCAGAUGUUUCUAUGCCACAAAUUUAGUGCAAGGCUUAUCAGACUUUAACUUUAAUUCAACUCAUUGUGCAUCUUCUUCAACCCAGGGUUCUGUUACUUGCAAAUGUUUGAGAAUAUUUUGGGAUGUUUUGUAAGUCCUUGAAUGCAUAAAGUGACUGACUGAACUUGCUGCACCAAAUAAAUCUUCUGCAUUGAUCUGAUAUCUGCAAAUAUCUUUAAGGUGAACUAAUUAAUCUAUUGAAGGGUUUGGUCUAAUAAAAGUAAGGUAUACGCAUUUAGUCUCCAUGCAGCACUGUGUCAGUAUCUGUUAAAAUUUGCAGGACAAAACUAUUCAAAAAUUUGUCACCUGCUGUCUUCCCGUAUGAGCUGCUCUGUGUAAUUAAUUUACAUUAAAAGGCUUAAGCUCAAGAGAAAA